CCGGAGCGAGCGGCGCCGAGUGGCUGGGGGCGUCGUCUGGGCGUGCGCCCCCGACCUAUGGCUGGCUGGUGGCACCCAGCGCCGGGGAGCGACGCGCCCCUCGGCGUGGAGCGCUCCCAGGGGCUGCGCUGAGGCGGUGGCGGCAACGGUGGCAAUGCAGCCAGCGCAGCGGCGGCCGGGACCGGGAACGGCCGCGCGGAGCUUGGAGGACGGGGGACGCGCCGCGCCCCGGCCACUGACCGAGACGUGCCCCCGCCUGGAAUCAGCCUGGGGGCAGGCCAGGGUCCACCAGACCCCGGGAUGACCGCAGCCAGUCGGGCCAACCCCUACAGCAUCGUAUCAUCCGAGGAAGACGGGCUGCACCUGGUUACCAUGUCAGGCGCCAACGGUUUUGGCAACGGCAAGGUGCACACGCGGCGCCGGUGCCGCAACCGCUUCGUCAAGAAGAAUGGUCAGUGCAACAUUGAAUUCGCCAACAUGGACGAGAAGUCACAGCGCUACCUGGCUGACAUGUUCACCACGUGCGUGGAUAUCCGCUGGCGCUACAUGCUGCUCAUCUUCUCUCUGGCCUUUCUCGCCUCCUGGUUGCUGUUCGGCAUUAUCUUCUGGGUCAUUGCUGUCGCCCACGGAGACCUGGAGCCAGCCGAGGGCCGUGGCCGUACGCCCUGUGUGCUGCAGGUCCACGGCUUUAUGGCGGCCUUUCUGUUCUCCAUUGAGACCCAGACCACCAUCGGCUACGGGCUACGCUGCGUGACCGAAGAGUGCCCGGUGGCUGUCUUCAUGGUGGUGGCGCAGUCCAUUGUGGGCUGCAUCAUUGACUCCUUCAUGAUCGGUGCCAUCAUGGCCAAGAUGGCCAGGCCCAAGAAGCGAGCACAGACUCUGCUUUUCAGCCAUAAUGCCGUGGUGGCUCUGCGUGACGGCAAACUGUGCCUCAUGUGGCGCGUGGGCAACCUGCGCAAGAGCCACAUCGUGGAGGCCCACGUUCGAGCCCAGCUCAUCAAGCCCAGGGUCACAGAGGAGGGUGAGUACAUCCCACUGGACCAGAUUGACAUUGAUGUUGGCUUUGACAAGGGCCUGGACCGUAUCUUCCUGGUAUCACCCAUCACCAUCUUGCACGAGAUUGAUGAGGCCAGCCCACUGUUUGGCAUCAGUCGUCAGGACCUCGAGACAGAUGACUUUGAGAUUGUGGUCAUCCUAGAGGGCAUGGUAGAGGCCACUGCCAUGACCACCCAGGCUCGCAGUUCCUACCUGGCUAAUGAGAUCCUGUGGGGCCACCGCUUCGAGCCGGUGCUCUUCGAAGAGAAGAACCAGUACAAGAUCGACUACUCACACUUCCACAAGACCUACGAGGUGCCAUCUACGCCCCGCUGCAGCGCCAAGGACCUGGUGGAGAACAAGUUCCUCCUGCCCAGUGCCAACUCUUUCUGCUAUGAGAAUGAGCUGGCCUUCCUGAGCCGAGAUGAGGAGGACGAGGUGGCUACAGAGCGGGACGGCCGCAGCCCUCAGCCUGAGCAUGACUUUGACAGGCUGCAGGCCAGCAGCGGUGCCCUCGAGCGGCCCUACAGACGGGAGUCAGAGAUUUGAAUGCCCUUGGUUUAGAUGCAGCACCACCCUGACCACAAUAGGUCCCAUGUCCCUUGGGGACCUGCGUUUGAGCAGAGCAGACCGAACGCCUCGGGUCACAGACUCAGUAGCAUCUUAGUCUUUUUCAUGUUUUUCCGCAAUAGUUUGGGAGAGUUGGCGGGAGAGUGGACGGCCAGAAGGACCAGCUCAUGGCCUCAGAAGCUGAUGCAAACAUAUGGGCAAAGAGGUGGCCUCUUGGGGUAGGGUUGCACAAGAGUUGGGGACUCUGCUGGAGGCCUUGGGAGUGGGUCCCACCCCUGGAGGGAGGAGCUGCAUAUGUACACUUCAUUGGUUUUUAACUUGGGUAAGACUGUUUACAAACAAAAACAAAAACAAAAAAAAACCCACGAAACACAAGAAAACACUAAAAGGUGGUUCAAUUUUUAAAAUUCAUGGUGUGGGGAUGGUUGGAAUUCCACUCAGUGCUGCCAGGCAAGCGGCUGGACGGGGAACCCUGAAGGUUCUCGGAGGUCUGGUUUCUCCCUCCCGUGGACCAGGGCUCUGCAAGUUGUCAUUCUUAAGGAUGAACUGGGUUGCUUGUGACCAUGCUAAAUGAUCCUAAUAAAGUGUCUGAUGUCUCUGGGGGUGGGGCCCGCUAGGGUGACUCUGCCUUGCUCUUCUGUUUGAUGUUGUACCUCAGCUGCCUCAGGGCUCGGUUUAGGACCCCCACCCCCACCCCCAACUCUGUGCUCCCUUGUGCUUCACUCUCUGUCUGCCCCAGGUCUCCACCCCUUGCAGUGAGGGGCAUAGGAAACACCAGAGUGGGUGCUUCUUAGAAAAGGACACUCAGGAAAUUAGCAUGGGGUCUUGGUCCCACAUUCCCAGGAAGUGGGUCAGCCCCAUCCCACACUGGACUCAACAGCUUGAGUUGUGCCUUAGAGACUCUGCUUGUCUGGCUCCCAUCAUUUCUGGUUUUCUCAGACAUGUUUAAUCUUUUCCUCCUGCUCCUAACUCCACUCACGAGGCUCCCACAGGCCCCUCUGAGGGUGUAGAGGCUGUUCUCUCAGAGCCGUGUCCCUGCCUGCCUUUAUUUAUCUCACACUCCUGGGGCAGGAGGAGGAAGCUCUGGGGGCCCCAAACAGUCUUCUGCUGGAAGGCAGAGUCUAGGAGAGGAGAAAAACCCCCUCCACCCAACCCCUAUCCCACACCUGCCCCCUGCCACCAUAGGCAUCUCCUUAAGAUUUCAUGUUGAUUUCUGACCGAGGAGAGUCCCCUAGGACCUGUAGCAGAGGCACGAGCUCCUCUGUGUUCCUGGCCAGACCUCUGCCCCCAAAUCUCACUGACUUUUCUAGCUUUGGCCCUGGGGCCUAAGGGUGCACUCAGCCUGGGAAUACUUGCCUGUCACUCUCCUCUCUAUCCAGUUGUCAGGGCUAGGGAGGGGCAGAAGGUGGGUCCUGGCCACUGGGUGCCACUGUGGGAGCUGGAGCACCUGCUGUCCUUUCUGAGGAGGUGGCCUGUUAAUCCAGAACAGGGUCCAGGGGCUCCUGGUUCCCCAAGGCCUGCUCCCAGCUCAUCUCAGUGGUCUGAAGCGUUUAGAACUCUAGUCAGCCCAUCCUCCUCCAGGCACAGGCCUGCCAGAAUGGUCCAGUCCCUGGGCCCUGCUGGAGAGCAGCUCCGGCUGCCUUUCAUCUCUGCCGAAGGCAGGCAGAUGCUGUAUUUUGGAAUUCUCCUGCCCUCUUUUCUCCUCUUUCCCUGUAUUUAUUUAUUGCUUGUGCUAAAGACCAAACUAGCCCCGCCCCCCUCUUUAGUGCCCCUAAUGGAGGAAGCCACUGAGGGGGGAGCCAUGUGCCUGUGCCAAGCAGAGAAGCUUGGCCCCUGGGGAGUGAGUGUAUGAGAAGGAAAACCAGGGUGUGUGUGCACGCAUGAACAGACGUGCUCACACAAUCGUCUCCCUGUGUGUGAAACUUGGUAUACAGGUAUAUGGUAUACACAGGUGUCUAUGUCUGACCACAGGUAUGUGUGUGAUUUUUUUUUUUAAUUCGGGUAAGGUGUGUUUAGUGCUCACCAACCUGGACUGGUCAGGCUGGAGGCUGGCCACAGACAUGAUCACAGUCCAACUUGAGUCCCAGCCCUGCCCUGGUUAUGCAGGCUAUACGCAAUGUGCAUCAGUCUGAGGAGUUUAAUGGUAAGUAAGCCUCUGCAGCACAUCCUGUCAGAGGCCUUGGAGGCAUCUCUCUGUGUGUGUGUGUGUGUGUGUGAGUGUGUGGAGGUCCCAGGGUGUGUCUAUGUGAAUGUCAGGGGCGUGGGUGCUGUGUGCAGCGUGUGAGAGAGCUGCACAGGACGAAGCAGCUGCCCUGUGCCCAUCUGGUGCUGUGCACCUGGUCCUUGUCCAGCCGAGGGCCCGGGGGCAGAAGAACAUACCAAGGGGGGGCCCUUGUAUGGGUGUUCGCCCUGUGUGAGGUCAUAGAAUGUUAAAUCUAUUUUAAACAGUGAA